UACAAUGGCCCCCUACCUCGAGACCGUUAAGUCCUUUGCAGAUGUUCCAAUAACGGACGCCGGAAUUGAUACCGUUGCCUUCUUGGAGGCCUCAGACGGCCUCGUUGGGCUCUUCGAUCUUCUUGGAUCGGCCGCUUUCUCUGUCGUUCAGGCAGAUAUAAGAGGAAACAUCACCAAAGUAAGGACACGAUACCUCGCGACUCCCGAAAAGUCCGCAACCUUGGAGAAAUUGGUGGAGAAUGAAAAGGACGAGAAGAAACGCACUGCUACGGAGGGCCUGAUGUGGCUACUUCGAGGCCUCUCAUUCACUUGUCAAGCACUGCUGAACGCGCAGGGAAACAAGUCGGAGGAGCUUGCGGCGGCUUUUAUCAAAUCUUACGAGGGGACGCUGAAAAAGUUCCACAAUUUUGUCGUUAAAGGCAUUUUUUCGGUCGCUAUGAAAGCGUGCCCGUAUCGCGCUGACUUCUAUGCUAAACUCGCUGCGGACCCGACUGGAGGGCCGCCGGCGUCGCAAGAGAAACUCAACGAGGAACUAGACAAGUGGCUUGCUGCUCUCAGCAAAAUUGUCAAGGACAUGGAAGCAUUCUAUGAGAAGGGUAACUGGGGUAAAGGACUGUAGAUCACAAUGGGGCUAAAGGACUAUAGAUCACAAUGGAUACCUCGGACUCCCCAAACUUUAACGCACAACCGUGGCCCCUGUAGUGACAUGUCAUUGAAGGACGUCAUACUCGAGUAUACCAUUCAAUACGUAGUGACGGUACGCCUGGAAUGAGUGACAUUGUACAUUAUUGGGUAGUAUACUCUAAGGGCAGCGCACGCCUGGUAAGAUCCAAAAUACAUCUCCCAAACUAAGAUCAAAGCCAUGGCCCUAUUUCGCUACCAGGUGCUGUCUCACCAAUACCAUGUAAACCCGGACAUCUUCCAGGCAUGCCAAAGAAAUGCAACGCGUCAAACGAGUUAACCACACCUGCAGGUGUGAUCAGCAGGGACUUUGG